GUGUAAACACAGGGACGAGGUCGACAAAGCCCCCUGGUCCCUACUCCUACUUCAGUUCUAGUACAGAGCAGUGAGUGUCUUUACAGGGAACAGCUUAGACCGGUUCCGUAGCCGUUAUUGUAGGUAUACAAAGAAAAUUGGCAGUGAAACACUAGUAUAUCUAUAGGCUACAGACAGCCCAAAUACUUGGAAAAAGUACACAAAAGAUACUGCUCUCAAGCUCAAGACUCAAGAGCUGAAAGUUAGUUUGAAGAAAAUGCCGAUCACGAGAAUUGCAAUUGGUGCGCCUGGAGAGGCAAGUCGCCCCGAUGCGAUCAAGGCAGCAUUUGCCGAGUUCUUCUCUAUGCUUAUUUUUGUUUUUGCCGGGGAAGGCUCUGGCAUGGCUUUCAACAAAAUGACUGAUAAUGGGUCAUCGACACCAUCUGGGCUUGUAGCUGCGGCAUUGGCGCAUGCAUUUGCGCUUUUUGUGGCGGUUUCGGUUGGUGCAAACAUUUCUGGGGGGCAUGUCAACCCUGCUGUCACUUUUGGUGCUUUUAUUGGUGGAAACAUUACUUUCUUUAGGAGCAUCUUGUAUUGGAUUGCACAGUUGCUAGGUUCAGUUGUCGCUUGUUGGCUCCUUAAGUUUGCCACUGGUGGAAUGGAAACAUCGGCAUUCUCCCUAUCAUCCAACAUGAGUGCAUGGAAUGCAGUGAUUUUGGAGAUUGUGAUGACCUUUGGCCUUGUUUACACUGUGUAUGCCACAGCGGUGGAUCCAAGGAAGGGGAAUGUAGGCAUAGUUGCACCUAUUGCAAUUGGAUUCAUUGUGGGUGCCAACAUAUUGGCCGGAGGUGCCUUUGAUGGUGCAUCCAUGAACCCGGCAGUCUCUUUCGGCCCCGCUGUGGUUAGCUGGACAUGGACUAACCACUGGGUGUACUGGCUUGGCCCAAUGGCUGGUGCCGCUAUUGCGGCCAUUGUCUAUGACAACAUCUUUAUUGGCGAGCCAACACACCAGCCACUCCCCAGCAAUGAGUUUUAGGCAUAUUGUCCCGUGUUUUUGUUAAUUGAAAUUUAAGUCCCUAUCUGAUGUAGAUCGAUAUUGCGGCUAGAACAGUAAAGAUUGGAUGCUGGGGAAAGUACUUAUUGUUGUAGGUGUCCUUGCUGUUGUUUCAUUUAUGCUUAUUAGUGGGUGAUCGAUGUUUGGUUAAAUCGAUGCAUUAAUGUAUUCUUUAUUUUGGAGUCAUUUUUUCUUUAUUUUUUCAGAGAAUUUUGGAUUUUAUUUAAAUGAGAAGCUUUUUGCAUGUGAUUGAUCUC